AGCAGCAGCAGCCGCCGCCGCACCACCGGGGGAGCUCACACAGGGCCCGCGGCGUCCCCCGUCCCCCCAUCCUCUGCUCAGUCAGGCCCCCGAGCCGCAGAGCCACCCGGAAAAUGGAAACCGCAAUGGUGUCUCUGAGAAGCAUGUUUGACCAACUUUUGAGACAAGUGGAAGUACUGAAUGAAGGAAUCGAACCUCAAUUUAUUCAGUUGGCUAAAAAUUUUGAAGAGUGCAGAAGAAAAUGGCAGAAGACUGAGCUAGAACUAGCUCAUGCCAAGGAACGUUUAACAAAAACCGAGACAGAGCGGGGUGCCCUCGAUGUCAAACUGAAGCAUGCCCGCAACCAAGUUGAUGUGGAAAUGAAACGUCGGCAAAAGUCGGAAACUGAAUGCGAACGACUGGAACGUCAGAUACAGCUUAUCCGAGAACUCCUCAUAACAGAAGGCUCUGUCAGCAUCCAGUUGAAUGAAGAACAGAAGUCUGCUCUUGCCUUCCUCAACCCAAAGGGCUCAAAUUCUAAUGGGCAAACUUCCCAGAGACGGCUAUCCACCAUAGACGAGUCAGCAUCCAUUCUUUCGCACUCCGACAUAAGCUAUGACAAGACGGACGAUUCUCUGGACUGGGAUUCCUCCGUAGUGAAGACUAGCAAGUUGAAGAAACGGGAAAAAAGAUGUUCUUCCAGAGUCCUCAUUGACGUCCAGCCAGCUCCAGCUAAAAGGUCGCGAUCCACUGAAAAGGGCAAUGACUCCAUCAUAGCUAAAACAACAUUGACGCUACCUAAUGAUGGUGGGCCGAUUGAGGCUGUGUCCACUAUUGAGACUGUGCCAUACUGGACAAGAAGCAGGCGGAGAACAGCAACUCUACAAGGGCUGAAUUAUGAGAUCACUUCGGACACUCCCUCUUCCAACAUGCCGUCAUCCACAAAGAAAACAGACAGUGAGCCUUCGGAUAAUUGCAGUACACCUCAGAAUGGAGGCAUGAGGCUACAUGAGUUUGUCUCUAAGACGGUUAUAAAACCAGAGUCGUGUGUCCCUUGCGGUAAGAGGAUAAAAUUUGGGAAACUGGCACUGAAGUGCCGUGACUGCAGGGUCGUGUCUCAUCCCGAAUGCAGAGAUCGCUGUCCUCUCCCCUGCAUUCCAACAUUAUUGGGCACUCCUGUGAAAAUCGGAGAGGGUAUACUUUCAGACUUCACCUCUCACACUCCACCCAUGAUCCCAUCUAUUGUGGUGCAUUGUGUCAGUGAAAUUGAACAGAGAGGCUUAUCUGAGACGGGACUUUAUCGUAUCUCUGGAUGUGACCGGACUGUUAAAGAGCUCAAAGAGAAGUUCCUGCGGAGCAAAACUAUGCCCCUGCUCAGCAAGAUUGACGACAUUCACGCCAUCUGUGGGCUGCUGAAAGACUUUCUGAGGAACUUGAAAGAGCCCAUCGUGACGUUCAGAUUGUAUUCAGCAUUUGUAGAAGCCGCAGAAAUAUCAGAUGAUGAUAACAGCAUUGCUGCAAUGUACCGGUGCGUGAGUGAGCUGCCACGGCCCAACCGAGACACUUUGGCAUUUCUUAUCAUUCACCUACAGAGAGUGGCUAAGAGUCCUAAAUGUAAAAUGGAUGCCAAUAACCUUGCCAGAGUCUUUGGUCCAACAAUAGUGGGCUAUUCCUCACCGGAGCUCGACCCUAUGUCAAUGCUGCGAGAGACCAAACAGCAACCAAAGGUGGUUGAACGCCUCCUGUCUUUGCCUGUGGAAUACUGGAGCCAGUUUAUGAUGGUGGAACAAGAAAAUACAAAUCCUAUGCAAGUCAUUGAAAAUUGCAAUGCUUACUGCACUCCUGAUUUGAAAGUGAGUAUGCUUGGACCACUUACCACCCCUGAGCACCAGUUAAUUGGCAAAACGCCCUCGUCCAGCUCCUUAUCAGCACGAGUAAAGUCCAGUCUAACCAGGACCACACCAAAGUUUGGAAGCAAGAGCAAGUCUUCGAUCAAUAUCAAUCGGAAUGGGAACUUUUUUGCCUCCCCAAUGCUGAAAUAAGCCAAAGGCGGCACAGGACAAUCAGAGAAUCAAAAUACGAUUUUUCCAUUGAACGAGCUCCUUGUAUCUAAUGCAGUUUUUAACUUUACUUUCUAUAAUAGAGCAAUACUAGAGCAGUUUUAUACAUCACAUCGCAUUUAACAAUAAUAAUGUGUUAGUGCCGAUCUAAAUGGAAUUAAUUAUGUCUGUCAUUAGUGAUGUAAUUGUUUUUUUCGUUAAGUUGUGAACAUUUUUUUUACUAGAAAAGUUUACUUUUAUAAAAUAUUGUUGAUGGCACUACAGUGGUGAGGCUAAAUAGAUUAGAUUUAAGAUCAAACCUGCCACACAGCAUGGUUUGAAAAAGCUCUAUUUUGCAAACCAUUUUACAAACUCGUAGGAAAACCCUAUGGAAACAAAUAAUGCAGUGAGAAAUGUAUGUUGAGGAAAAUCAAAGGACUGUCCUGGAAAUAUUCAAUGUGUUCGAUCCUUACUGUGCCUCUAUUUCCCUACCCUUUACCACCACCACUUUCACCACCGCCACCCAAGAUCCUCCGAAGCGAUAAGCUGCUUGACUAUAAUGUCCUUGGUUGAAUAUUGGGGAAGAGAGAGAGAAGACAUUUGGGAGACAGUUUUCCUUUAUUGUCCCAAUUUGUCUCCUUGAAACCUGAAGUAGAAAAUACUGGGACCUUUUAUUUGAAGAUGGUGAUAAGUAUUUAAAAUAGCAAUCACAGAUCAUCAUUAAGUAUUGUUGACCAAGUUUCAUCCUUUGGUGGCUCCCCUCAAUCUCAGCCCUGGAGCAUGCACAAACGUGCCUUGUUAAGCAGCUCGCCAACCUUUCUGUCCCUUACUUUUAGACGGUGGUGGUGAUUUCUGCCUGUUUAAUUUAUCUAAUCACCUCUAAAGAUUUGGGCUGUCAAUAGCAGAGUUUAGAAAGGUCAAUAUAAAUGAGCUUCCCUUAUGGGGUGAGCACCUGGUGAGAAGCUUGUGAGCAGCAAAACAUCUUCAGCGUCUGAGGAAAACGUUGAUGUGGUGGUGGUGUUCAAGCUGUUGGGUUUGGAUUACUGAUCUGAAAAACAGCAUCGAAGUUGACUAGGCUCAAGUGACAGGAAUUGGAUUUUUAAAAAUUCGUAGAAAGGAAUAACAUUGCUGUUUAUAUAAACAACAAUUUUUUUUAAAAAAAAAAUUAAUAGCAACAAAUGACUCAUUCUGAUUUUGGUAGCUACAAAAAAAAAACAAGAAUGGUAAAAUUUGGCAUUACCUGAAUUACCUUUUUGGUCAUCAUUUUCAAUCCAAGGAGAGCAACACAUUUUCACCACCUUGUUGAAAGUAACACAUUUGAGAGAAAAACAAAUUCUGUCCAGUGACAGAUGGCCAGGAGCUUCUCAAACUAUUGAGGAUAUUGUUGCCUUUCUAAACCUAAUCCUGUGGUCUGACUGACAGUCGGGAGCUUUGAAGGUGUUGGAAAUUGAUUUCGCUCUACAAAUUGAGAUCGGAGGAGUGAUUAAUGAUGAUGUUCAACUGUUGCGAUGCUCAUCUGUUGUAUGCAUAUUUGUUUUACUACUGUAUAUAAACCCGAGUGGAUAAGAUACCUAUAUUCAAGUGUUAGUAGAUAGCUGUAACUAAACCUAGAAGCGGGUAGUUCCAACUCAACUAAUAAGCCGUACGUUAUAAAGGCAGACUAAAUUGUAAACUGGAUUAUGGUGUGAUGUCAAUCCAACUUCGUCUUGGCAUGUAAACGCAGAUUUAUUCCCCCUUCGGAUUUUAUAAAAGGAAGGGGCACUACCAAAGACUGUGGUUGCUGGUGUAAAAUAUGCAUGUAGCAGCGGAAGCCUGAUCUCUGUCAGCCGGGCCUUACAGAACUGCAAUAAAAGACAUUCGCGGGAACCUCCACUUUGA